AUGGCAGCCAGCCGGAUUCAAAUCACGGUCCGCACGGUGACCGGCGAAGCCACCACCGUCUCAGCCUCCGUCAACGACACCGUUUCAGACCUCAAGCUACUCCUCAACCACUCCUUCCCUCCCGCCACCACCAACUCCCCCAAUUUCCACCUCUUCUUCAAGGGUGAGAAGUUGAAGUUGCAGAGUCGAAUAGGUGCACUUAGUAUUGAGCCCGGUGAGUUUCUAGUGCUGGUCCCGUUUGUUAAGAAGGUUGUUAAUAAUCGGAGCCAGAAAUGUGAUCAAUCUGAGCCGUUUUCGGUGGCUACUUCUGCUAAAGGCUCCAUGUCCAAGUUUGCGAACUCCGUGUGGAGCGAUAUGAUGCAGGACUUGUCGUAUUUACGCGAUGAUUUGAGUAAUGGAACGGCGAGUGUGUCUAGUAUAGGGAGUUUUGAUGUUGGAGGUGGAAGUGAGGAUUGCUCUCGUGAAGCGAAGCGGAAAAGGGGCGUCGGUUGUGAUGACAUGAUAUUGGAUAUGUUGCGAGCUAGUAGAAGCAAGAGUGUUCUUGAUGAGCAGAAUUUUAGAAGGAUUGUUGAGCUUUUGGAGUCGGUGAAUUGUUUAUCGGACCCAUAUUCUGGGGACUGCAUGUUGUGGAGAAGAAAAGCUAGCUUACAAGGCUGUGGCUUGGGGCUGCAUAAUGGCAGUGGUAAUUCAUGCUUGUGUCCGGAUUGGUUGAAGAAAAUCAUGAAGGCUUUUGCUUUCUUAAACAAUUUUUCUGCACUGGUUCAACUUCAGCAGGAGAGGACAACCUCAACUCUAGUGGAGCAAGCACUAGAACAGCUUGCGACAUUUGGAGUUAAACUUGGUAUGCAGGAUGUGGAGAAUCUUUCGUUUAUUUCUCCCAAGGUAGUUCUUUUUUUAAAGGAGAAUGCAGAGGCAACUUUUGGUAAUGCACUUGUUAUUACUGAAUGUUCAGUAGAACAGAACCAUGGUGACAGAAAUAGUCAUGAAUCUGAUUGCAAACAGAUGGAUGUAUCAAAGAUUGUCAAUGAAUUGAAGAUGCAUGAAAGUUCUUUCAAAAGUAAUUUGUGGGAGGCUGUUGAGAGCCUAAUGUUUAUCAAAAGAAAUGAGAUUUCCUCCUUGGAAGACUUUCUCAUUUAUGUGAAGGAAUGUGGUGCUGCUGCAAGAGGAAAUAAAGUGAAUCAAGCAAUGAGAAGCCACACUGCUUCAACUACUGAUUCAGACAAAAAUCAAUCUGCGGCUUCAACCACUCGUUCCACCAAAAAACGGGCAGGAUGUCAUAGAACCGAUCCAUUGCUACCAGUUGAGAUGGUUGAACAUCUUAGAAAGAGUUUUCGAGCAGAGAAGAUAGUGCAUGUUGAAGACAUUGGUGCUCGGAAAGCUGUUCAUGUGGAAGUUCCACAGGAACUAACAGAAAAUAUGAGAUCUGCACUUCAUUCUGUUGGAAUCACUCAGUUAUAUAGUCAUCAGGCAGAGUCAAUACAAGCCUCAGUAACAGGUAAGAAUGUCGUUGUGGCUACAAUGACAUCCAGUGGGAAAUCUCUUUGCUACAAUCUGCCUGUCAUUGAAGCCCUAUCCCAGAGUUCCUCAGCAUGUGCUCUAUACUUAUUUCCAACAAAGGCUUUAGCUCAAGAUCAACUAAGAGCUUUCUCAGCCAUGAGCAAAGGAUUCUGUGGUAGCUUAAAUGUUGGUAUAUAUGAUGGUGACACUAAUCAGCAGGAAAGGACACGACUGCGUCAAAAUGCUAGACUGCUAAUCACAAAUCCAGAUAUGUUGCAUGUAUCAAUCCUGCCGCACCAUCGAAAAUUUGGCCGGAUUUUGGCAAAUCUUAGGUAUGUAGUGAUUGAUGAGGCCCAUGUAUAUAAGGGAGCAUUUGGUUGUCAUACUGCUCUUAUACUUAGACGACUUCGCCGGCUCUGUUCACAUGUGUAUGGAAGUACUCCUUCUUUUGUAUUUUCUACUGCGACUUCGGCAAAUCCUCGUGAGCAUUGCAUGGAACUUGCAAAUUUACCAACUUUAGAGUUGAUUCAGAAUGAUGGAAGCCCUGCUGCUAGAAAGCUUUUCAUCCUUUGGAAUUCUGAUGGCAGGUUGACAAAGAUAAUUGCUUGAUGCUCUAUUCUGAUAAGUGGUUUUCUCCAUCUCUGGAGAUCAUGUAAUCUUGACAGCCCGAUUGAGGAUAUUUCAGUCCUCUUUGCUGAAAUGGUGCAGCAUGGACUACGGUGUAUUGCGUUUUGCAAAACUCGCAAGCUUUGUGAACUUGUUUUUUGCAAUACGCGUGAAAUUCUUCAGCAGACAGCACCCCAUCUGGCAGACUCUAUAUCAUCUUAUCGUGGCGGUUACAUGGCUGAGGAUCGGAGAAGAAUAGAGAGCGAUUUAUUUAAUGGAAAGCUUUGUGGUAUCGCUGCAACAAAUGCCCUUGAAUUGGGUAUUGAUGUUGGACACAUUGAUGUAACUCUUCAUUUAGGUUUUCCUGGAAGCAUUGCUAGCUUGUGGCAACAAGCUGGCAGAUCCGGAAGGAGAGAGAGACCUUCUCUUGCUGUAUAUGUUGCAUUUGAAGGGCCCCUUGACCAAUAUUUUAUGAAACAUCCAAAUAAACUUUUUGGAAGCCCAAUUGAGUGCUGUCAUGUUGAUGCUAAGAACCAACAGGUUCUUGAACAGCAUUUGGCUUGUGCUGCUCUCGAACACCCACUGAGCUUGUUUCAUGAUGAGAAGUUUUUCGGUUCUGGUUUAGACAGAGGCAUAAUGUCUCUUAAAAGUACAGGCUAUCUGAGGCUAUCUGAGAACAGCAUUUGGAACUAUAUUGGGCGCGAGAAAAUGCCUUCACAUUCGGUUAGUAUACGAUCAAUUGAAAGAGAGAAGUACAAAGUUAUGGACCAUCAAGAGAACGAAAUCGAAGAGAUUGAGGAAAGCAAGGCUUUCUUUCAGGUAUAUGAAGGUGCUGUUUAUUUGAACCAAGGAAAGACAUACCUGGUCACGAGCUUAGAUUUAAAAGAAAAGAUUGCUUGGUGUGAAGAAUCUAAUUUAAAUUUUUACACGAAAACUCGUGAUCGCACAGAUAUUGAUGUAGUCGGCUGUAAUGUGGCUUAUUCAGCUCCACCUAAGCUUUCCAAUCAGUUCUCUAGAACAACUGCCCGAGCAGAUCCUUGCAGAGUAACAACUACAUGGUUUGGUUUCUAUCGUAUACAGAAAGGAUGCAACACAAUAUUAGAUAAAGUUGACCUUCAACUUCCUAAAUAUUCGUAUGCAUCACAGGCAGUUUGGGUUCCGGUUCCGCCAUCAAUAAUUGAAGCAGUGAAGAGUGAAAAUCUUGAAUACCGUGCAGGGUUGCAUGCUGCAUCACAUGCUGUUCUUCACGUUGUGCCUUUACGAAUCAUUUGUAACUUAUCCGACUUGGCUCCAGAGUGUGCGGAUCCUCAUGAAAGCAGCUAUUUUCCGGAGAGGAUUCUGUUAUAUGAUAAGCAUCCUGGAGGGACUGGUAUCUGUGUACAGAUUCAGCCAAUAUUUAUGGAGCUCUUGGCUACUGCUCUGGAACUUCUAACAUCUUGCCACUGCGGAGAAUAUGAUGGUUGCCCCAAUUGCGUUCAGAGUUUUUGUUGCAGGUCAUAUAACGAGGUUUUACACAAAGAUGCAGCAAUUAUGAUCAUCAAGGGUGUUCUGGACGCAAAUAAAUCUCCCAGCUCUUCCUGAUCUUGAUCAAAGCAACUAGAAAAGAAGAAAGAGAUUAGUUACCGAUAGAGGCAGGAAGGACGCUUCACCCUGCCCGACUUGCAUUGAUAUUCUUGACAACAGCAUACAAUCAUUACAAUGGUGGUGCUUAUUCAUAGACCUGUAUAGCUAAGUUAUUGAACAUCAUCCAAGGAAUACAAGCACUACUGCUUUGCUGCAGCAAAACACAUCAAUCAUUAUGGAAUGAGAUCAAAUCAAACGGCUCAAAACUAUAAUAAAACUGCAUUACCAG